AUCACUGCCGGUUACUUUGCUUCCUACGAGCCAAAGCAGCGAGGGAAUAAACCAGCCAAAAUGCAGACGUCCAGAGCGCAUAUCGCCGUUUUUUCGCUGUUGCAUGUGUUUUUGUCUUUGACUUGUUUUCAAGAGGUCGUUGAGGCCGCCAGCGGGAGAGGAUUCGGGGAUAAUAUCCACUGGAGGACACUGGAUGAUGGCAAGAAGGAAGCUGAGGCCAGCGGCCUGCCAAUCAUGGUCCUCAUACACAAGAGCUGGUGUGGAGCCUGCAAAGCACUGAAGCCCAAAUUUGCUGAUUCCAAGGAAAUCUCUGAGCUGGCCCACAACUUUGUAAUGGUCAACCUGGAGGAUGAAGAGGAGCCCAAGGAUGAAGCCUUCAGUCCAGACGGUGGAUACAUUCCUCGGAUUCUUUUCCUCGAUCCCAGCGGUAAAGUCCAUCCUGAAAUCACCAACAAAAACGGGAACCCCAACUACAAGUACUUUUACAGCAGUGCAGACCAAGUCGUGUCUGGCAUGAAGGAGGCGGACGAGAAGCUGACGGGCGACGCCUUCAAGCGGGGUCACACUGGAGACGAGCUGUGAGACGGCGGAGACGGGCUCGGGUCGUAAGGGCUGCACUUCCUCUAGCUGAGGCCGUUUCAGAGCUCCCACGGAAAACCUCUGUCACUAAUUACACUCGUACGAAGACUGUGGGCGCCAUCGCACUGACUGAACCAAGGUGAAAGACAUCGGUGCUCGAGUAUUUCUGUUCUGUACAGUUUUCCCAAACACUAAUUCUCCUGUCAUGGUUUAAAUCACGCAUCUGUAAGUUACUCUUGUUCAGUAAAUGCCACAUACUGUUUUGUUUUGUUUAUGUGUGUAGAGGAUAUUACCCGCGAGUUUGCCACAUUACCUCUCAUCCAACGUCCGUCACCUGAUGUUUAGAGCACUAAAAGCUUAGUUUUAUGUUAGACAGCCAUGAAAUUUAUACUGGCAUUUAGAGGAGUCGAGAAGCAGGAAACGUUCGCUCCUGUAAUUAUUAGUUAACAGGAGUGUUUUCUCAUGGGACUAAGAGCCGUUGUGAUAAUUGGUCUAUUUACAGCACCGUCUCAACAUGACUGCCUUUUGUUUCCUCAGAGUAGUUAAAUAAACCUGUUAUACAUUCAUUUUUUUCUCCCUGCUAACUGAAAUUAAUAGCCAUAACUGAAAUUGGGGCUUAAAUAUGAACAUGUUGUCUUAUUUUUGUUCCUUAAGGACAUAAAACCUUCUUGGCAGCCUGUUUUUACGUAGAUCAGUCGCUGAAGUCGUCAAGGUGCCGUCUAUGCAUGCUUGCUUGGCCCUUCAGAAGUCAGAGGAAAGGUUUGUCAAGGCAAAAAAGGUUCGCUGUGCCAAAAAUUGGUUUUAUCUCAAUAAAAGGGUGUUUUUUUUUUUUAAGGAUGGCUGCUCACUUCCUCUGUAUUUGUUCACUGCUUGUCCAGAUAAAUAUUUAACACAUACAGUUCUUCCAAAGAUCGUGUACAGAAUCUGAUAUCUCGACGACAUUCACCAAGCACAUAACAUGAUCCCUGCUUCUAUGAUUUAUGUUAUCUAUGCUCUUUGACAUAAUUAUAUAAUCUUACUAGUUUUUUUUCCUUUUCUUUUCUUCUUUAUCAGUUUUUGUUUUUGGUCCGCUGCAUGUGAAGGAAUGCUUCUCUUCUUGUUUUUAAUCUCUUCGAUGAAGCAACGGUUGAAGCGGAAGUGUUGGUUGACUGUCUUGAUGUAUUUUAUACAUGUACACGGCCAAGUGUGCAAAUAAAGUUUAUUGUACCAAGUG